CUUACGCCUCGAAGAUAGCCGCAAUGCCGCAUAUAAUAUUAUAUUGUUAAAAUUGCUGCUGCAGACAGAACAUUAUUUGAUAUUAUUAUUCAUUAUAUAUUUAUUCAAACAGUCGCAAUAUUCAUCUGCGGUCGCUCUACAAUAUCAAUCGCGUUCGCGUAUGGAUUUAUUAUAUUACCAAUAAAUAAUAAUAUUUUAUUAAUGCUACAUUGAGAACUUAAACUAACAAUAUCGGAGAUAUGACAAAAUCUGAAUGUUUUUUCGGAUUUUUGAACGUAUGUGGAUGUGCUCUGUCAAUAGCCACGUUCAACAUGGUUUUUUUUGUGUUAUGCAUCUUAAUUGCCAUUCAAUUGUGUAUAUUUAAGAACUCAAUAAUAACUGCAGACUCAACUUUAAUAGUAAUAGCAAUUUUAAAAAGUUUACCUCUAUUAUUCUUACUAUGUUUGAUACUUCACUUCAACAAUAAAUUGAAAAAAGCAACAUUUAUGCAUAAUCUUCUCUUUAUUAGACAGUGGUUGAUGUUUCAUUGCAUAUUUUACACAUUAUUGUCUACUUUAUUGUGUUAUUAUCUAUUUACACAUCCAUUUUGUAAAACCAUAUUUGCCACAGUUACUAUUAUUAUUGUUAUGGAAACAUACCAAAUACACAUAGUUAAAAGGUUUUAUAACAAUGAAUUGGAACACUUAUCCACCUCAAGUUGUAACGUAGACAAACAAGGUAUAAUAUCAAUAUUUCCCAGAGGUUAUUGAAGAUAUAAAAUAUUGGUUUAAUUUUUUUAUUAUUAUUUAAAUGUUCCCAAUAUUUUUUACACUAAUUCAAAAGGAGGAAAAGAGUAAAAACCCAAUAUUUUAGCUAUAGAUUAGUGUAGAUAUGUCAAUGUAUGUCUAAAGAAAAUAUAGAAAUGUACGAAGAAUGGACAAUUUCACAGGAUUCAUUUUUAAAAGUUUCAAAGUUCAAGAGAAUGAAAAACCAAUGUAUAUGAUCACAUUCCAAUAAACUAAGAAAAUACAUAAUAUA